GAAUCUAAGGACAGAACGCUAAUCAUGGAUCGAAAGACGCGAAGAGCGAACUUUAAGAACUUGCAGCAAGAAUCUAAUAAGCUUCGCUCGACGCGUAGCAGCAAGGCAGCCUCUAAUACAUCUACACUAUCCUCCUACUUUGCUACGCCCCCCGAGAGAGUCGAUACUGCGGAUGACACAGAAGAUCGGUUUCAAGAUGCCAUACUACCAGUACCAUCCGCUGCUGUGGCGGCUUCUCCGGAACGCAGAAUCAGGCCAAUACGUAAUAGCAAUGUCUUUGAACCACCCGGUCCAAAGCCCAAGAAGGCGCCUAAGCUAAAGGGCAGCAGCUCAAGUGCCCCACGUCGGGGACGCGGUCGCAGCAAGCAGCAGCCCAGCAUAAGUAAUUUCCUGCGGAAUGAGCAAAUCUUCGCCGAGGUAGCAGCCCAGCAAUGCAUGGCGGAUAACUUUAGUCCAGAUGAUAUUGAAAUGGCGCUGGCGCUAUCCAAAUCGGAGGCUGAGAAACAUGGACACCUUCGCUUGAAUGACGAUGACGACGUCCCUGUCGAUGUGGUUGAAGACAAUGCUGGAUCAGCGACGGAGAAUAUUCGACGUAAGCUACAAAAAUAUGGCUUUCGGACAGCCGCUAAAGAAGACUACAAGAGCUUGGCAGUACUGCCCGGCGUAUCCGGCAGGGGCAGUCGUCGCUGCAAAUGGACCAACAAGUUCACUCCCCUCACUCUGCGUAACCCCGAGAUUCAGCAAAAGAAGCUGGAGAGCAAGGUGUCCACUCUUUUGGCUCAGCAAGUGCGAACCAAAAAGCUAAGUGCUGAGGAGAGCUCAAUGCCGCCUUAUAAGCUGAUUAGUUCUAUCCUCCGCGAACUGAAACCCGACAGCAAAUCUGCAAUCGUACAUGAGCCCAUUGAAGGUCCUGUUACCGACAUAAAAAUCUACUUUGUGUCCGGCUUGAUUGAAGUAUGUCAUACGCCUGCCCAUCAUUUACUUAAGGAUUGGGGUGCCAUACAGGGCCGGGACUUGUCCCCAGAGCGGACCAGUAUGAAAACCCGUCAACAGAUAAAGCAAAUGGAAAUCGCCUUUAACGAGCUGGAAAAUCAUUUCGAAAACCAGCUGGCACUAAAGAAACAAGUGGAUGAAGAACUAGAUGAACUGGAGAAGCUGGUGGUGGAGAACAUGAUCGAAGAAGAAGACACCAAACAGUGUGACAUUCAAGCGGAAGUCUCCUCCACUAGUAGCAGCCCCUUGAAGGAGCCCCCAGAUAAGCGUCCCAGGAUGGCCAAAAAUGGCACAGAAGACCUCAAGCCCACUACUUCGUCUAACAUAAGUGUUCCUACACAAUUAACGCGCUGUACGUCACCCGAUCUGUUUGCCGACUCUGAUGAUGAGCCAGCGACGUCUCCCGAACUGAAGGAAGUUCAGAAUUUUAGCUUGAAGGUUUAUAAGAAUAUAACCAUAAGUGAAAGUGAGAGUCCAGUAACAGAACUAGAGAGUACACCCAUCAAUCAACCAACGGCUUCUUCAGAAGUCUACUCUAUAUCUAGUGAUGAAGUAAAGACUGUAACCGACUCUACGCCGAAGCAGAUGGGUAGUAAAGAUCAAGCCAAUGAAAUCUUUAUUGAUCUAACACAGGAACAUUUCAAGCCAGAAUUCGAUGACCCAAAAGCAUAUCUAUGCACGGAUAUCUUCAGCAUCAGUCAAGCAUUUAAAUCUAGUCUCCAUGUAGACAAGUUCAACUGCAGUCUGGCGAUGGAUUCAAGUUCCCAGAGUGAAAGUCGUGCCAUUUCAAAAGAGGAUAAACUGGCAUUAAGUGCCACAGACAAGGAUUCGGAGAAUUCAUCUUUCCAUAUGGAUGCAUUUACAACUCCAAAUGAUAGCAAUCCCAGUGGCAGCUUUAGUGAUCUAAAUAUUUCGAGAAGCUCAUUUCGAAGGAGUGUCAGCUUGUCAACAGAUCACAGCUUCAAAAGUCCACUAAACUGGAAGAUGGACUCGUCUUCUGAGAAGCCUGCAUUGUCUGCUCCUUCUCCCUUCAGAAUGCAGUCGGAUGCAAGCAUCGAUCUGACCCAAAACAGCGACGACGACAAUGAUGUGAUCAUGCUUUCCGAUGAGGAAAUCAAUUACUCGAUUUGGAAGGCCAACAAAACGGCAAAAGGGAAAGCCUGGGAGAAUGAGAGCUCCGACAGUAGUGGGUUUUCACCCGUUGCGAAAAAACGAGCUGUUCCUUACUUUAAGACUGAAGAAGACUUGGAUGCCUUCCUAAUGACUUCGCCUACAAACUCAAACAAGUCGCAAAACUCUCGCUCGCCCAAUAAGAGCGCUCUCAGCCGGGAACGAGCUGAGUUUGGGAUCCUUGAUGCGGCUCUCUCUGAGCACUUUACACUCUCCCAGAUGUUGAGCCCCGCCAAAGGAGAAUCGCAGAGCGAUAUUAACUGGUCAGAUGCAUCUUUCUUAGAAGCUCCCAUGAGGAAUUUGUCGCGCAAGAGCAGCCAUAAAUUUAAUGAUUUGCUUGCCAAAGUCACGGAGCCCAAAGAUUUGCUGGAUGAUGAAUUCGAUGAGUUUGAUCAGUUGGUUUUUCCAAACUGCAAGGAAUCAACUAUUGAGGCGACCACAGAUGCGAUGCCAAGCGGUCUGGAUCGAUUGUUAAUGGGUGAAAUUAGAAUGACGACGUUGCCGGAACAUACUACGCCCAAAAAAGUAUCAUCAACUGUGCCUGAUUGUCUGUUAAUGGGUGAAACAGGAAUGCCAACGUUGCCGGAACUUACUACGUCGAAAACAGUAUUAUCAACAGUGCCUGAUCAGUUGGAAGUCAAUGGAAAUGUGUAUACCGUUCGUGUUUGUCAUACUCCGAAGCCCGAUUUCACACAACUGGCAGAGUCAGAGAUCCUCCAACAGUUGUAUAACUAUGGAAUCAAGCCGCUGAAGCGAAAGCAGGCCGUCAAGAUGCUUGAAUUCAUUUACAACCAAACUCAUCCCAUUAUGCAGCCCGUGGAGCCAAGGGAGUUAUCUCAAAGACAGGAGGACCCUAUGCCUCGGUCCAAAUCCACUCCCGUGAUGUCUGAGAAACCUCGCUCUCGACCCAUAGUUUCAGACAACAAUGACGUCUGUCUGACACCCACUGAGCCUAUACAGGGUUUCAAAUUCAACACUAAUGCCCCUGGAAAGGAUCUGCUACGCUUCUCUCAAUCUGUGCCGCCAAGCCUAAGCGACGAUUUUGAGUUCUAUGUCCUGCAAACGAAUGUAACAAAGAAGACACCACAGCCAAUUGUGCCGCUCCACAUAGCCUGGCACAAUCUUCUGUGUGCCAAUCCCAAACUUCAUGAAAGUGUACUCAUGUACGAACCCAUUGAUCUACAGGAAAUCUACUUGCAUUUGAAGCAAAUGGGUCAUCGGUAUGAGCCCAAGGACUUGAAGUGCUUUUUUGAUCGUCGCUGCAUCAUAUUUCGAUAUGAGUUGGCUGCUCCCGCCAAGCAAGCGGAGCGACAUGUAAGAAAGAAACCAAGAAAGCCAUCCAAAAGGUCUUAGAUUCUAGCUCCGCAUUUUACAACAUUAUUCCGACACAAUUUAUUUGAUUCCAUUGUACUUAUUCCUUACACCACCUCAAAAUACCAUAAUAACAUUUAUUGACACUUUGUUAUUGGGCGCUAUGCCGUUUAAAUUAUGUUCUGUAAAAUUUAUAUAUUCCAACUGUUAUUGCACCCAUCGGUCGGCUUUAGUUUGUUGCAAUACGCCGAUCGAGUCAUGAAUAAUUCUACUACUUCUGUUAUUUUGCUUACUAAUUCCUAUGGAAUGAAUCUGAAUAAAAAUCAUAUCUUACGGAAAUGUAAA